AUGCCCCUUCACCAGGAACAUGCCCUUCACCAGGCACAUGCCACUUCACCAGGAACAUGCCCCUUCACCAGGAACAUGCCCCUUCACCAGGUACAUGCCCUUCACCAGGCACAUGCCACUUCACCAGACACAUGCCACUUCACCAGGCACAUGCCCCUUCACCAUGCAGGCACAUGCCACUUCACCAGGCACAUGCCCCUUCAACACGUACAUGCCCUUUCACCAGGCACAUACCACUUCACCAGGCACAUGUCCCUUCACCAGGUGCAUGCCACUUCACCAGGCACAUACCCCUUCACCAGGCACAUGCCCUUCACCAUGCAGGCACAUGCCCCUUCACCAGGCACAUGCCUCUUCACCAGACACAUGCCCUUCACCAGGCACAUGCCCCUUCACCAGGUACAUGCUCCUUCACCAGGCACAUGCCCUUCACCAGGCACAUGCCCUUCACCAGGCACAUGCCCCUUCACCAGGCACAUGCCCCUUCACCAGGUACAUGCCCCUUCUCCAGGCACAUGCCCAUUCACCUGGCACACGCCCCCUUCACCAGGCACAUGCGCUCUUCACCAGGUACACACCCCUUCACCAGGCACAUGCCCCCUCACCAGGCACAUGCCCCUUCACCUGGCACACGCCCCUUCACCAGGCACAUGCCACUUCAAGCCACUGCUGAACGAGCCCUACUAA